AUAUAAAAAUGAAAUUCAAAAAAGGAGGUGAUGAGCUCAAGAUUGCAUUUAAUAGUGCAUCUAAAGCUUACAACAUAGAAGAUUUUGAAAAGAGCAUGCAAGACUUGGACAAUAUAGAUGUAAGAAUAAGAGAUUACUUGGUGAAUGAAAUUGGUGUCGAAAAGUGGACAAGACUAUAUGGCAUGAACAGGAGAUACAAAACAAUGACAUCAAAUAUUGCCGAAUCAGUCAAUGCAGCCUUGAAAGCAGUAAGAGACCUACCCAUCGCAACUCUACUAGAAUGCCUACAUUCAUUGGUGCAAAGAUGGUAUUGGGAAAACAAGAAUAGAGCCCAAAAAACUACAACAACACUGGCAAAAAUACCUGAAAAAACAUUAAAGAAACAAAGAGAUAUGAGUUUAAAGUACAAGGUUGAAACAGCAAACCUUCUGGUAUACCAAGUACACGACAACAACAGAUCUCACAUAGUAAACUUGGAGAAUAAAACAUGCAGCUGCCAACGAUUUGAAUAUGAUGAAAUGCCUUGCUCUCAUGCAAUGGCUGUACUAAGCAAAAGGAACCUGUCUUGCUACAAAUAUUGCUCAUACUACUACACGAAAGAAGCUUUUAUGGCAACAUAUGAAGACAGUAUACUCCCAUUAGGUGAGGCAACAUCAUGGAAUAUACCAGAUUUAAUAAGAAAUAUUGUAGUCCUCCCACCUAAACAUAAGAGAGCUGCCGGAAGACCAAAGAAACAACGAUACAAAAAUAGACUUGAAGCAAAAGCACAAGUGGUAUGCGGUCAAUGUCACCAGAGAGGACACAACAAAAGAUCAUGUAAAAAUGACCCAGUACUAAAACCACCAAGAAAAAGAAAAAGAUCAUAAGAUCCUGAGGUAAAAUGAAUAAAUGUUGGUAACCAUCAAACAUGGUUACUAAAUAGACAGUAUACAAAAACAAUUUACAAUGAUAAUUGUUAGUUGAUAAAGCUUUUCAAUGUAUUAAUACAAACUUUUAAUAAAAUGAUUACAAUUCGCUUAGAUUCAAGUAAGUUUUUUUUUUUCCUCCUCUAUAUAUGAACAGUUACCAAAUAUAUGAAUAGUUACUAACUGUAAUUUAUUUACAACCAUUUUAAAGGUUAAUAAACCAUCACAUUGGUUUAUAUCACUUAGAAUGGUAUACAGAAAUGUCAUUGGUUUAUAAGAUCAAACAAA